UCCUGCAGUGUUGGCCUGAGUAGCUAGCGCAUGCCAUACAACUGCAGUCCAUAGUUGGCCACCUUUGGUGCCGGUGAGCAGCAGAGAGAUGUCAAAAUAGACCUUUUGACCUCCCUGGGCCAUUGAAAAUACUAUGCACCUGUGAUAUUCGGCCGACUACGAUGGAGGAAUGUUACUACUGGUACAUCAUCGGCGCCCUGUUGCUGCUGCUCCUGCUCUACACCACCCUCGAACUGCACUACUUCCUCAGGACCAUUAUUUGCGUCGUCUGCGCCAGACUUUUCAAAAAGAGGGUGCACAUUCUCGACACCACCACCGUCACAGGAAUCUGUCUUACAAAUGACGUGGACACACUGCUCUUCCACAUGAACAACGCCCGCUACCUAAGGGAGUUGGAUUUUGCCAGAGUGGACUUCUAUGAGAGGUCAGGACUCUACAGCGGAAUCAAAGCCAAAGGUGGCGCCGUCGUUCAGGGUGCGUGCACCGUCAGGUACCGCCGCUUCAUCAGACCAUUUAGCAUUUACAAGAUCGAAUCAAAGAUCAUUUGCUGGGACGACAAGUCUGUGUUCAUGGAGCAUCAGUUUGUUACUCCCCGAGACAACUUCAUCAACGCAAUUGUCGUCUGCAGGCAGAGGAUAAUUGACGCUAACGCCGAGGAGGUGAUGAAGGAUCUUCUAAGCAAACCUCGUGGCUCCAAACCCAGCGCUGACAUCACCGUUGAAUCCCCGAUUGAGCGGCCUGAAGUCCCUAUGCACAUUCAGAAAUGGAUUGAAUUUAAUGACCUGUCAAGCGCGAGUCUUAGAAAAAACGACUGUUGAACUUUUUUCCUUCCAAAAUUUUUAGCAAUCAUCCCAAGUGUUGUGAUGUUGAGAGACGAAUAAUGAAGCAGGGCUUCAAUUCACAUACUCAUCGAUUUUUCCUUUCCUGCCUGACUUUUUAAUUUGAGUUUUACUUUUUACUUGGCUUGUAAAGUUGGCUAAGCUCUCUCAGUGAUUUUUUAUAAGUUAAAUUAUUACAUGAUAUAUCGUCUACUUAUAAACUUUAAUCUUAAAAGCAUUUUCUAUCUGCAGUAUUAAACACGCUUUUAGUGCAAAAAUGAUAAAAGCUUUGGGUGGUAUGUAGUAUUAUGUUUUAGAAUUUUUAAUUAAAAAGAGCCAGUAUAUGUUUCUCUUGAAUGCAAGUGGUUUUGUUCUAACGCGACUGAAAAACUAAACGAUUUGUUCUCCUAUAUUUAUUUUCCUGGAUUCAAAGCAAUUGAUGAGCAUAUCUGCCUUAAAGAAUUCCAUAUAUUCUCUAUUCCCAUUUGAGAAAAGCAGGAAGAGAAAGACUUAAUUGUACAUGCUUAUGAAAGUCUCGGUCGCACUCUAGCAAUGAGAGUGUGCAACUGCGUAUGCGGUGAUUUCAAGGUUAAGGCUAGUUUGUAACUGUCGCGCGCGAGCGAGAAUGAAAAAAUCAUUUAUGCAUCACGCACCGCACCUUUUCUUACUUCUCAGCACGGACACGCGGCGUGCUUUCUAGUAAGAGCACAAACAAUAAAAUGUUAUUUACUGAAAGGAAACAAUGCAAAAGUUUGCAAAGGUCGACUAUUAAUAUAGUGUCCUGAUCAGCAAUCUUUUAGCACAAACUACUUUUGAGAUUUGACUGUUCAAAGUUAUUUGAAGAGCUAAACUAUUUACCCUGUUGUAUAGUUUGACAGAAAUAAACAGAACGUUAAAAUUAUGACAACAAAAAGACAGGG